CUCCAUCUUGUUUCUUUCCACAAUUCACCAAAUACAUCUACAACCCUUAUUUAUUUUUCUCUUCUAAAUUUAACUAACUAGCUACCAUUUUUUCAUUUUCAUCUCCUCUUUGCCCUUCAACUUCGUCCCAUACAACUGCAGCUCCUUAAAUACCCUAGCUAAUCGAUUAUGAAUGUUAGUAAUUGAAUUAGCAAAGUCAUGAAAAGGAAGGGUGCAUAUGGCGAUGUGUGUUAGGGCAUAAAUUAAAAGUAGUGGUUUUUGUUUUUUGGGGUGAACAGCAGCAGCAGCAUAUGUGUUAUUUCCUCAAAGUCCGUCAAGGGAAUAGGUCAGAGACUUGCCAUGAAAAUUGUCGACAAAGAGACAACAAAGUCAGAGCCUGAGUUUCCUGAAUGAGACGAACAAACACUCUCUCACUCACUCGCUAAUGCUUUCUAUUUCCUCUCCACCUUUGCUUUUUAUCAUCGCCUUGAUCCAAUACAACCCUUUUCUCUUUCCACCAACUACCAGUAAUUGCUAUGAUGGAGUCGAUGGAGUCAUGUGUCCCACCGGGGUUUCGGUUCCACCCAACAGAUGAAGAGCUUGUUGGUUAUUAUCUGCGGAAGAAAGUUGCUUCUCAGAAAAUUGACCUUGAUGUUAUCAGAGAGAUCGAUCUAUAUCGUAUUGAACCAUGGGAUCUCCAAGAUAGAUGCAGGAUCGGGUAUGAAGAGCAGAAUGAGUGGUAUUUCUUCAGCCACAAAGAUAAAAAGUAUCCAACAGGGACAAGGACUAAUAGAGCCACCAUGGCUGGGUUUUGGAAGGCCACAGGAAGAGACAAAGCAGUGUAUGACAAGACAAAACUAAUUGGGAUGAGGAAGACCCUUGUUUUCUACAAAGGAAGAGCCCCUAAUGGACAGAAAAGUGAUUGGAUCAUGCAUGAGUAUAGGCUUGAAUCCGAUGAGAAUGGACCUCCACAGGAGGAAGGAUGGGUUGUGUGCAGAGCCUUCAAGAAAAAAACCACUGGGCAAACGAAGACUAUGGAAGGAUGGGACUCAAGCUACUUCUACGAAGAAGCAAGUGGAGUAAGCACCAUGGUCGAUCCAAUUGAUCUCAUUUCAAGGCAGUCUCAGAGCUUUUUAGCACAAAAUUUCAUGUGUAAGCAAGAGAUAGAAGCAGAUAACUUGGCAAGCAUGCUUCAAGAUCCAUUUGUUCAACUUCCUCAGCUAGAAAACCCGUCUUUGCCGCUAAUAAAGAGGCCAAGCACAGUGUCACUAGUAUCAGACAAUAACGAAGAUGAAGACAUUCAAAACAGGUUAUACAACAACACCACAAAGAAAGUCACUGAUUGGAGAGCUCUUGACAAGUUUGUAGCCUCUCAACUGAGUCAAGAAGACAUGCAUGAAACUAAUGGACUCUCGAGCUUUGAACCCCAUAAUAAUUCGGACUUGGCAUUGCUGCUACUGCAGAGUAGUAGGGAUGAAGGGAACAGGUUAAGCCCCUUUUUAAAUACAGGCUCAGACUGUGAUAUUGGGAUAUGCGUAUUUGAUAAAUGAAGGAAGAAGUGCAUGGAAACGACUUUUAAUUAUUUGUAGUACCAUAUGUUCAAUGUUGUAUGGAUGCUGGGACAUACUAUAUUUUUGUAAAAAAUAUGUGUGGAUCAGAAGAAUUAAUCUCUCUCUGCCCUUCAGCGUGAGUGCAGCUCUGUGCGCAAAUUGAGAUGCAUGCGUCCAAGUGGCUCUAGAAUUUAGAUAGUUUUAUAUUUUAUACUUUAUAUUUUAAGUUAUCACGUCAAGCAGGUACAGUAAUAGCCUUUCCUUGCCAUAAACGAGUCCUCUAUCUAGGCUCUGGCUAUCCAUGCCUAAGAGAUGGCAGGUGUGACAGCAUUUGUUGUGAUCCUUCAUCAUCCUUCUGUUAUUUUAAUUGCCUGUAUUCUUUAAUUUCUCU